CGCUCCGGUUUAAGCAAACCCUAGGAAUGUACCGACCAUUGGAUCAGCAAGAUGCAUGUGAGUGAGAGGGAGAUUGAGAACCCCGAGGCCGAUUCCGAGAAUCCUUGAUGUAGCAUAGUGACACUGGGUACAAAACCGUUAAGUCUGUAGCUGACGAAGUCUUGAAAUGACAAACCCCCAUUCACAUUAGCUAGGAUUCAUCGACAUCCAUUGGCGAACAAGACUUAGCUUCCACGUUCCUGGAUAGAUCUAUCAAAGACGUAAGCUUGAAAGCUACCUAUAUAUAAUGAGGUGUGGGGGUGCACAUUGAAAUUCCAAUCAAUGCUCAGUAGAGAAAGUCGAUGACGUCCCGGACCUGUAUGUAUAUAAGGAGGGACCAUUUCCGAAGUCGAUAGCACAAAUACCGUGGAUCUUUAAGUAUGCAGCUCAGUAUCUUCUCUUCCCAUUAGUCACACAUGAUUCUGCAUUCUAAUUACUCUCCUCGACUCGAAAUAGCUAUGUCUCAACGAUCACAUGAAUCUAGUUUGAAUAACGCUGUCGUAUCGGACGCUGGUGCUGGACUUAGAUUUGACAUUCGCGCUCCUGCUGGCCAGAUCUCAUUCUCUGACCAAAGCGUCCGCAAGCAUACUGCAUCUGAAAAGAAUGGGGAUGCUUCGAUCAAUGCGCUUCUCCAGAAUGGGACCGUUGAAUCACGCCUGGCUAUUCGGAAAGCCAAGGUACGACGUGAAGUGAGCGAUGCUAUGAAGAAAUUCGAUCAGGCGUCGAAAAAAGUAUGUCUUGUUUCCAUUUCACGAGAGGCUUCGCAUGUCUCCGAGUGCUGGGAAGCCACGUUUAAGCGCCCCAAUUAGAACUCAGCUCGAGUAUGGUAUUUCUUGUCCAAGACGAGCUAGCACUCGGGAGUCGGGAAUUAAAUGUAACCAUAAACCAAAAAGUCAUCAUCAUAGCUGCUGCAAGUCGGGAUGACCUGCAUAUGGGC